CGUCUGAUCAGGUGGCCUAUCUGAUUGAGUUCUUAUGCAUCUCCAUCCUGUCAUCGAUAGUGAGAUCAAACAUGGUAUUUAAGGAUAACAAACGGCCUCUCAAUGAUGAUGAUCCAUACCAACUCUCUUGUAAGCACCCGAGACAGCUGGGUUAUGAUGGCAUUCGCCUGGCCUCAUUUUUAGAAACUGGUCCCUGUAACAUCCCCGAAAAACCUCAUAUUUCAGUUGGUGAAGGUGAAGAAAGCUUCAAUAAGCCUCAGCAUGAGGAGAUGCUUGUUAGCCAUGCUGUGAGUGUCAUCUCAGCUGCCAGAGACAAGGAGUUUGACGUCAGCGCUUUUGGCAGCAUUUCCAGCUUGUCAUGGGUCACAAGCAGUACCGGCAAAGAGGAUUUGAGGUCAGAGUCAGGAUUGCCGAUAUCUUGCUCCCCUCGUUUCCUUGAUUACGAUCGCCUAACAAGAUCAUUAGUUCCGUCAGAGGAGAUCUACUCAUCAUCUCUUCUCGAUUAUCCGCACCGAAAACCUGUUUCUCUUGGACCAGAUCAUCAAGUUGAUGUUCCAGAAUGGGGUCUGGAGGGCACCAAGAACUCAGCUCCAGCAGCAUUGGAUGUUGAUACAGAUGCCAGUGCCGCUUUUCCACAAUCCUCUAUUAUGCCGUCGUCAGGGCUACGUGCUCACCCCAUGAUGGACGACAGCAACUGGGAGAAGCUGGUUGGGACUUGUGUUGUCCCAAUGCUGGAUGCUGAUGCAUCUGCUCACAGCAGAGGAGAUGUUGGACAUGGUAGAACUGAUUGUAAAUGCACAGAUGUGGGGUCAGUUAGAUGUGUGAGACAGCACGUGAUGGAAGCUAGAGAUAAGCUGAAGGAAAUGAUUGGGCAGGAGCCAUUCAUGGAGCUGGGAUUCUGUGAGAUGGGUGAGAAUGUAGCGCAGAGAUGGAGCGAAGAGGAGGAACAGGUGUUCCAUGCAGUUGUUUUCUCCAAUCCCGCAUCGGCAGGGAAGAACUUUUGGGAACAUCUCUCACGGGUCUUCCCCAACCGAACCAAGAAGGAACUUGUCAGUUAUUAUUUCAAUGUCUUUAUGCUCCGGAGAAGGGCCGAGCAGAACAGGACGGAUCCACUGAACAUUGACAGCGACAAUGAUGAGUGGCAGGGUAGUGAUGAUGGUGGGGAGUUUGCAAUGACCGAGGAAGAAGAAGACUCUGCUGUGGAGUCUCCAGUGGAUCAAGAGCAUGUUGUUUACUAUGGUGAUGGUGCCCACGAGGAUUGCCAUGAAGAUGAUGAUGAUGAGGAUGAUGAUUUUGAAAUUAACAAUGAUGGAGGUGCUGGGGACGACGAUGACGAUGACGAUGACGAUGUUGUUGCCAGUGAAGACGAUGACGGAGGGCUCGAUGAUGUUUCCGAAGCACACGUUAGUAAUGUACCCAGUUUGGGCAAAUUACAAGGUUGCAGUUUGGUUCCUAUCAAUCAGAAUGCGGGUAAUAAUCCACAGAAUGGCUCAGAGGAUCAAGAUGUCCAGGAUGACUCAUGCACGUCCUACGAGUGCCAGCGCAAUGGCACCGAUUCGUAUGGCCCAGCUGAUGUGGCGGCAACGCAUGAGAGCCAAGUUGAGAUAGGCCGUAAUAAAAGCUUGCAUGGUGAGUACGGUAAUGACAUUUUAAGUGGUCUUGUUGAUCAUGGAUACUUGUUGGAGCCGCCCUGUGAAGCGAAAGCAUGGGACAUUGGAUUUCUCCCGGGACCCAAGGAAGACGUCGAUUUCUUAUCUACAUUCAAUAUGAUCGAAGAGGUGUUUGGAGAUGAAGGCCAGAGUAAGAAUGAGACGCGGGAUGGUCCUGGUAAAAGCUGAGCUCUUUUUUUUUUUCUUUUUUUUUUUUCCCUAUCUGUCAACCUCAUCUUGCACUGAAGGCAGCUUCUCUAACCACCUUGCAUCUGAGGCCAUUGAUCAUAAUGAGUCGGGUAUUGUCGGCAGGAAGUAUUCUUUCAUUGAGCGUAGGUCCGAUUUCCAUUGUGCAUUCAUGGUGGAAGAAAGGAAGUCCUGCCUUCAUUGUAAAGUAUAGAGUUCAAGUCUUAAAAGGGGUGUGUGGUUUCUGCGAGCUUGCAUCAUAUAGUGCUCUCUCAUGGAAUCUAUUGUUUGUGAAUAGCACUACCCUUACUGCCAUUUUUGGCAAACCCUCUUUCUCUCUCUCUCUCUCUCUAGGGAAAAUUUCUCUUGAGAAGAGCAUCUGUUUGGGAUUUUUACUGGGGCGAUAGGGUUUUGAGGAGUGUUUACAUUUUCAUCAGUCCAUGCAAGGCUUAUUACGGGAAGACUUCUCAUUGUUCUAGAAUGUUCUUUGAUGUUUAGCCUCAGAGUCAGUAGCCCCAUUCCCUCUUUCAAUAGAUCAUUGCUCCUCUCU